GUGUGUCCCAACUGCCAAUGACUACAUGUACCAUCAUGCACCGCGGCUGUCAGUUUCAGCCGAGCAGCGCUGUAAAUGCUGUACAACUGACGAGGAGCAACACCGACACACGGGGCUGGCUUGCUCGCCGCGUUUGGACAAGUCUGCGAAAGCUACGUCAGCAGUCAGUAACGCAGCACUGUCGCUAGCUGUCCGUGAACGCCUCACAGCUCACUCUGCUCUCUGUCACUCUCAGCUCUCAGUGCUUCAGACAUGGAUCAAGACAACAACUCAGAGGAUGAGUCGGUCGGGCCAUCAGAAGAUCCCUCAGAAGAGGAACUCCCUUGUCUACCUCCAGGCCUCUCGGAUGGUGAAGCGGUGGAACUGCUUUGGCAGCUGCGAUCCCAACGGCGCCAGUCGUCUCCUGAGCUCCCUGAGACGGUGACCUGUCUUACUGCCCCUGAUGGCAGCGUCCUGUACCUGGUGGGCACGGCCCACUUCAGUGACAGCAGCAAGAGGGACGUGGCCACGACGAUCCGUGCUGUGCAGCCAGACGUGGUCGUGGUGGAGCUGUGCCAGUACAGGGUGUCUAUGUUGAAUAUGGAUGAGAGUACACUGCUGAGGGAAGCCAAAGACGUCAACCUGGAUAAGGUUCAGCAGGCCAUCAAACAGAACGGGCUGAUGUCCGGCCUGAUGCAGAUUCUCCUGCUCAAAGUUUCGGCUCACAUCACGGAGCAGCUGGGCAUGGCUCCUGGAGGAGAGUUUAGGGAGGCCUUUAAAGAGGCUGGACGCGUACCAUUCUGUAAAUUUCACCUUGGGGACAGGCCGAUCCCGGUCACGUUUAAGAGGGCCAUAGCUGCUCUCAGUCUGUGGCAGAAGGCUCGUCUGGCAUGGGGCCUUUGCUUUCUGUCAGACCCUAUCAGUAAAGAGGAUGUGGAGAAGUGUAAACAGAAGGACCUGCUGGAGCAGACCAUGUCAGAGAUGAUCGGAGAGUUUCCUGCCCUGCACCAGACGAUCGUGGCUGAAAGAGACAUCUACCUCACGCACACGCUCCGCCAGGCUACCCGCUGUGUGGAGGCGCCCCCUAAUGCCCAGAAAGUGCCUGCUGUGGUGGUGGGAGUUGUCGGGAUGGGUCAUGUCCCUGGCAUAGAAAGAAACUGGGAGAAGCAACUCAACAUAAAUGAAAUCAUGAGUGUUGCCCCUCCCUCGCGGUUCGGCUGGGUGUUGCGCACAGUCAUUAAGGGUGUCAUGAUGGGAAUGCUGGGAUACGCCUGCUACCGCGCUGGAGGGACCAUAGGCAGAGCCCUGCUGUCUAUACCAUCGGUCCAAUCUUUACUGGAGACUCUGAGGCCACCCCGUGUUUGACCCCAGUGGUCUUCUCUAAGCCAUCAGUGACACAACUGUUCAUCUAAUAAAACAAUGCAUCUAUCACCAAUGGCCUUAAAACACCGGCGCUGAGGCUGGAGGAGCCCACACCAUGAACUAACAUGGACGUCGAGAGGUAUCGAACCUCCGCCUCGCAUCGAUGUCCCUGUAGACGCAGCAGGGCCGUACUGCCAAAGAAACCGUGACAGUACUUUUUUGUAUGGUUUACAAAUGCCAAUAAUUCCUUUUGAAUAGAUUUUCAUCUUCCCCCACCAUUCCUGUAAAUUAUUACAGUUUUUAUUUGACGAGUAUCAUCGGAAUCAUCUUCAGUCUUCUGCCCCGGUGUGAUACCACUGAGCAGUUUUCUGAGAGAGGCACACUUUUCUAACACUGUCUCCUGAUUCCUUCCUCCUUUCUGGUGCCAAACCAGCAUUUCUUUGGUAAAUGGCCCAUUUUAAGUCCAGCACUUUAUAAGAGACUGGUUGUCUUGUUCUGUACAUGCAGCCUAUGGAAAUCGCUUAGAAAAUAAAACACCAGGUCAGUCAUAACUGUAAGCAACCAAUGACAGAAAUACUGUCUGUGAACUCCAGUUCUAGUGAACGUGGUGUGAGUUAAAUGUCAUCAGAUGUCUGAACUGGAUCGUUGACCAUCAUUUUCUCUUCCUGAAAAAAUAUUAGAAAUGUAUCUUCUACAAAACUCACAGAAAAGAUUAGUAUAAGACAAAAUUGACUUCCGCCCACAUCGACAGACAAGUGCCUCACACUGCAGCAGUAAGGGCUACACUGGUGAAGUAAAUGGAAUGGCAAAUGUGUGUUAUAUGCAUCAUACAGAUACGACAACCAAAUGGUCAAUGCAAGUUUCUAUUAUUCUGUCUUUAUAUAACUAUAUGAUAGUGUUAUUUUAUAAAUACUGUUGCCUGUAACAGGAACAUGUAGUUUUGUCUCGUCUUGUUAUUUUAUGGCCACUCAGACAUUCAGCUUGUGACCCGACCUGCAGGACAGGCUUCAGUGUGCCUCGGGAUGAGCAAUGCAGUGAACUUGUAAUUUGUAGAUUUGAUUGUACCUCUGCUAUGAGGCACCCGAGCACAUGAGCUCAUACUGGCUUCAUCUCUGAGUGAGGGUUCACAUGCAGAAACAUGCAUCUUGUACAGAAAAAUCAGCUCAGAGAAACAUCUGUCAUCCAGCUCCAGAUGUUUGGACUUUUAUGAGAUAUGCAUUUUCAUUUGUCGGCGUGGUUGUAAAACGUUGAUUGAGAUAAUGGUGAUGAAAUUGGUUUAUUUUCCUGCAACUUAAGGUUUGAACUUGACUGUAAUGAUUUCUCAGUGGAUUUCCCAUGAAUGGAGAUUGGAGGUGAAGCCUUACUCUGCUUUCACUGCUGCCUUUGACCCUCAGAUUGCCUCGUCUGCUGAGGCACCGACCCGGAUCCUCGGUACCUUGUUGUUGCACAUGUUAAAUUUGGCUGCAUGACUGGAUGACCCUGGAACUCUGUUGACCCUUGAACUCUGUUAUGUGGGACACGUCCCAAUAAAUCCAGCAUUACCGAUAUUGAACCAACUUCAAUUUACAGAUUUUCUAUCUAGUUUUUAUGUUAAAUGAUUUUAGGUAGAGGGCUCAAAUAAUUGGAUGUAUUUAUAAAAAGGACUUUGCUUGUUUUUAAUUUGUGAGCUGGUCCAGUGAACUCCUGUGGGAAGCAGUACCGCUCCGUCUCAGAAUCACGAUUAAAACCACUUGCAAGUUUUCCAGACAUGAAACUGGCUCAGACACCGUGUCUUCCAGUUGAUCAAAUAAUUGUGGAGGAAAUCAUGCCUCAGUCCCUCAGCAGUAAAAUAUCAUCGAGCAUUACGUGUCUGUUUCCCUCCCACAUCAUUUCCAAAGGUUUCAUCGACUGUAUGUUUGAGAGCUGCCAAGAGAAAACUAUGAAUGUCUGUAUGUGUGGUAGGUUUGUUUUCCCUGCAGCCUUGUGUGGUGUUGUCACUGUCACCGAAACCAAACAUUAAAUCCUAACUUCUAUGAUAAA